CUUCCGGUGGGUGUUCGGUCGCGUGUUCCCGAGUCUGGAGAGUUGAGUUUAGCUUUAGUGAGGAAAUCUGGCUUCAAGCAGAUAAAAAGAUGGCUAUUUUCUUUGCAACUCAAAAGCCUGUGGGUUAAGAUAUACAGAAAGUAACUGAUAUUCUCUGUAGUAGGUAUGAGUAAUUUCAGUGAAGAAUUGGCAAGGCCUGUGACAAAGGAUGGCCAGGUGAAAACGUCUGUGCUGUCUGGUACAGGAAUGCAUUUUCCCUGGCUUCAAAGUUAUGUAGAAACUGUAGUGAUUGGAGGAAAAAAAAAGAAGGAUUUUUCCCAGACAACAAGUUCUUGUUUAAGUUUUAUCCAAGAAGCUCUGUUGAAGCACCAGUGGCAGCGGGCUGCGGAGUACAUGUACAGUUAUUUCCAGACCUUGGAGACUACAGAUGGCCACAACAGACAGACUAUACCUGAGAUUAUUUGGAAACUUGGAAGUGAAAUUUUAUUUUAUCAUCCUAAAAGCAAUGUGGAGACUUUCACUACUUUUGCUGACCGGAUGAAAAAUAUUGGUGUCAUGAAUUAUUUAAAGAUUUCCUUACAACAUGCAUUAUACCUUCUGCAUCAUGGAAUGCUUGAGGAUGCUGACAAAAAUCUUAGUGAAGCAGAAACAUGGAGAUACGGUGAAAAGUCAUCUUCCCAGGAGAUAUUAAUAAACCUUGUUCAGGCUUAUAAAGGACUUUUGCAGUAUUAUACUUGGUCUAGAAAGAAAAAGGAAUUGUCAAAGCUUGAUAAGGAUGAUUAUGUGUAUGGCACUACAACCCGGAGUAUGAUCAGCCGCAGCUGGAAGACAUCUAUAAAUCUUAGUGCACUGAUUAAAAUUCCUGGAGUUUGGGACCCUUUCGUGAGGAGUUAUGUAGAGAUGCUGGAAUUCUAUGGGGAUCAAGAUGCAGCUCAAGAGGUACUCACCAAUUACGCAUAUGAUGAAAAGUUCCCAUCAAAUCCAAAUGCUCAUAUCUACUUAUACAACUUUCUAAAGCGAAAAAAGGCACCAAGAGCAAAACUGCUAAGUGUGCUUAAGAUUUUGUAUCAGAUUGUACCAUCCCAUAAAUUGAUGUUGGAAUUUCAUACAUUACUUAGAAAAUCAGAAAAAGAAGAACACCAUAAACUGGGAUUGGAAGUGUUAUUUGGAGUUUUAGAUUAUGCUGGAUGCACUAAGAAAAUAACUGCUUGGAAAUAUUUGGCAAAAUACCUGAAACAGACCUUAAUGGGAAAUCACCUUGUGUGGGUUCAAGAACAGUGGAACUCCAGGAAAAACUGGUGGCCAAGCUUUCACUUCAGCUACUUUUGGGCAAAAAGUGAUUGGAAGGAAGAUACAGCUUUGGCAUGUGAGAAAGCUUUUGUAGCUGGAAUACUGUUGGGAAAAGGCUACUUGGUUGUCCUGUGACGUCAGUUCUCUGGUAGAAGAGAAAAGGUAAUAUUUGUAGUUUAAUCAACGUUUUCUGUAUGUUACGGUAGUAGCAAAGUUCUUUCCAACUUUCUGUAUAUGUAGAGGGAAUAAUCUGUGUACAAAGUAUUUUGUUCUUACUAAUAUGGCAUGAUAUAUUUAGAAAUUCAAAUUAUUUUAGCAACACCACAGAUACCACUGCUUUCAAACUAAUAAAAUAAUAGCAAGUGAGCUGGGCAUGGUGGUACAUGCCUGUAGUCUCAGGUCCUCAUAGGCUGAGGCAGGUGGAUCCGUGAGUCCAGGAGUUUAAGGCCAGCCUGGGAAACUAGUGAGACCCUGCCUCAAAAAAAAAAAAAAAUGCUCCCAAACAAAAGUAUUAGUAAUUGUGACAUAUUACAAUAGAACCUCUGUAAGUUGACCAUGCAAAGGACAAUAACACACUGGUCAGCAUACGGAGGUGGUCAACUAAGGAACUUCACUGAGUACAUGUGGUGAAUGUCCAGUCUAUGAAAAUAAGACUAACUUAAGGAGGUGGUCAGUGUAGGGAGGUGGUCAACUGUGGAGGUUCUACUGUAUUUUCAGGGGCGAUACAAUUUUAUUAUAAGCAUAGUGUAUAUCCCAGCAAUUUCCCAGAGAAGAUUGAUAUAUAAGCUGAGACUAGAUUAAAUUAAUUUUCCACGUGAUUUAUGGUUUUGUUCAUUUAACAAACAUAAGAAAAACUCUUACAAUAUCCAGUUUACGUUUUUCUUACAGAAAUUUGAUUCAUUUCUUUGAAAUAUUUGAUAAAUUUUUUUUGUGUGUUGUGAUACUAGGAGGAGCAGGUAGAACUUCUCGUGAGCGUAAGGCACUUUGUUAGAGCUGUGCGGUCUCCAUCCACUGCUUGCUAGGUGGCUAGAAUGAGUAGAUGAUGUUUGAUCUCUUCUAUGAUUUGUUUAUUCUAAUUCUCAUUCUACAGAGAACUUUCUCAUUUUAUAAAUGUAACUUUGGCUAAUUUAUAAGCUAACACUGACAGGGAAACUAUAAUAAUCUACUUUUGGAGAAGGCUCAUUUAAUACAUAAGUAUGCAUGAUAUAUAAUAUGUUACCAUGAAUAGGAUUUGGGUGGGAGGGUAGAAAACCAGCUAAAGUCUAUAUGCCUUAAUUAUGAUGCAUAAUUUUAUAU